GUCCCCCAGAGCCAGCAGGAAUCCGUCCGGAUCCAUGACUCGGGGAGGGCGGUGGACCGACUGAGAACGCUCCGCAGGCUGCGGGAACUUCCCCUUCCAGCUCAGGAAGGGGGUGUUCAGGUGGGGGACGUCACGGACAGGCGCUACUCGCAUGCAGCCCCGCGCCCGGCCUGAGCGCCCGCCUCUCCUGGGAAGGUGACCGCACGGGCGCUGAAUGCAAAACCCCUCUCCGGCGCGAUCCGCAGCGCUCGCCUGAAGCCGCCCUCGCCUGCUUCCAGCUAGCUCCGGCGGGGUUUCCGUCGGAGGAGACGCGCACGGGAUCCCGCGGGAGUGGCGCGCACGGACGGACGGCCUCCGUCCGCGGCAAGCCCGCAGCCCCCAAUGCAAGAGGUGCGCCCUGGCGCAUGUGACGUGCUGAUCCUGUACGCGAGAGAUGCGGACGACUGGUGCCAGUACCUGGAGAGCCUGCUCUGCUUGGGCCGGGACGUCCAGAGCUGCUGCCUGGAGGGUGGAGCGGCCGUCCUGGCCGGGGCCCUGCAGCGCUUCCGGGGCAGCGGGUGCGUCGUCCUCCUGCUCUCCACCGAGCUGGUGCAGCACUUCCGUGUCCCCGCCGUCCGCCAGAGCCUGCAGGACGUCCUCCAGCCACCGCAGAAGGUGGUGAAGCUGUUCUGUGGCGUGGAAGAGUGGGAGGACUACCGGCACUUCUUCAGGGACUGGCCCCGCUGGAAGCCGCUGACCUGCGACGACGACCCGGAGGCCUACGUGAAUGCCGUCGUGAGCGCUAUUUCGGAAGGAGACUCUGGCUGUGACUCCGUGACGGACGCCGAAGGGGAUGAUGACCGGGGCCAGCAGGGCCUGCCGUGCACGCCGGCGAUGAGCCUGCCAUGCCGGACCUCGGAGGGCACCCCGGGAGCCCUGGCCGUGGUGCUGCCCGACCGCAUUCGCUGCGGGGUGCAGACAGUCGUUUACGUCAUCCUGAAAUGCAAGUUGGAUAGCCAAGUAAAAGUGGAAGUGGAAUUUUCCUCGGAGGGUCGCCAGCCAGUGCGAGUACCAGCCAAGAUGGAGAACGAAUAUGCCGUCUCCGUCUGCGCACCUGAGUUGCCCCCUGGAGUCGUGGGCCUGCGGCUCUUCUCUGGGGACUUAGCAACCGCUGAAGCGAGCGUCCGGUAUUACACUGACAUGGAAGAAAUCGGCCACCUGCUGGCUGCAGCGGCAAAUCCGGUGGAGUUCAUGUGCCAGGCAUUUAAAAUAGUGCCUCGCGACACCGAAGUGCUGGACAAAAUCCUGACCGAGUCCCUGAAGAAGAACCUCCCAGCCUGCGGCUUGCACCUCUUCGGGAUCAACCAGCUGGAGGAGGAGGACAUAAGCAGUCAGAGGGACGAAGAGCUGCCGACUCUGCUGCACUUUGCUGCAAAAUACGGGCUAAAGAACCUCACCGCCCUGCUGCUGACGUGCCCAGGAGCCCUGCAGGCCUACAGCGUGGCCAACAGGCAUGGCUGCUACCCCAACAACCUGGCCGAGAAGCACGGCUUCAAGGAUCUCCGGCAGUUCAUUGAUGAAUACGUGGAGACGGCAGACAUGCUGAAGAGCCACAUAAAGGAGGAGCUGAUGCAGGGCGACGAGGACGGCUCCGGCUACGAGUCCAUGGCGCACCGUUCCACCGAUCUGCUCAUGAAGUGCUCCCUGAACCCCGGCUGCGACGAGGAACUCUACGAGUCGAUGGCCAGCUUGAUCCCCGGUGCCACGGAGGACCUGUACGUGGAGAUGCUUCGGUCGGAUGACAGCGGCCCCUGCGCACGGACAACAAAGACCUAUAUGAUGCGCAAGUUCUUAGAAGGCGUACCUGUGGAUGUGCCGGAGCCCAAGGAGGGUGAGGACAAGGCGCUCUACCACACUGUGGAGCACGACAGCUUCCCCCAUGAAAUCGUCAACAGGCCGCCAGUUCCUGUGCCGAGACCCGAUGUCCCCUCGAAGGAGCAGGACAAAGAAUCUUACAUUUACAAAGUAUUUGCAAGUAAAAAUCAAGAAAGACCUGGGAACCUCUAUGUGUCUGCAAGAAACAUUCAGAAAGAGCCAGGAGACCCUGGUCCGAGCCAGACCCAAAGCAGCAUAUACGACCCGUUUGCCGGGAUGAAAACCCCAGGCCAAAGACAGCUGAUCACGCUGCAGGAGCAGGUGAAGCUGGGCAUGCUCACGGUGGAUGAAGCCGUCCUCUGCUUCAAGGAGUGGCAGCUAAACCAGAAGAAGAGAUCGGAGUCAUUCCGCUUCCAGCAGGAAAACCUGAAAAAAUUGCGUGACAGCAUCACUCGACGACAACUUGAGAAGCAAAAGGCUGGCAAACACGCAGACCUGCAGAUCACGGUGCCUGUGGGACAUUUGCAGAACGCUCCCAAGAAGCCGGAGUUUGGCAUUUAUGAGUUUGGUCCCCGGAAAAGCCUCAUCCCUCCCAGCAAGGAGAUACAGCGAGGGGACUGGAGAACGGAGAGCACGUCGAGCACCACCAGUAGUUCCAGCAACCGGUCCAGCACACGGAGCCUGUUGAGCAUCAGCAGUGGGGUGGAUGGAGACAACGAGGAUAACGAGAUGCCCGAAACAAAGAGACCCUUUGGCAGCCCGGCACAGCCAGUGGACAGACAGUCCCCCGUGCAGUCUGGGCGGCCUCCGCGAAUCCCCCCGCGCGGCGCCAGCAGACCUUUGAGCAGUGAGAACGUCCACCCUCCACCGGUGCCCCCCAGAGGUCGCGAAAUGCCACACUGAAUCUUCAGAAUGGUGAAAACAGAUGUGGGAUCACAUUGCCUCUACAAUUAAGGCGGACUUGCCAGUGGUGAUUGCAAAAGUCACUUCAGUAUAAGACUUUUCCUCAACCCACUCAAAUGAAGAAUUUUGGCACAGGUUUCCUUCACAGCUCAGUCGAAGCUUGGGGGAGAAGCUGCUGCAGACCUCUGAAAGGCUGCAUUUUCAGGACAUGAGCUGGUGUCAGCACGGGAAGGACACGCUGAGCUCACUGGGAGGUGUUUGAUUGGGCUGUUCUAAUCACACCAGUCCAAAGGUAUCGCGAGUUUUCAACGAUCUUUCAACAUCAAAAUCUCUGCAAGUUGAACUUUUCCUCUGUUUAUCUGCAAAUGAGGUAGUCAGCUGUGGGGUACACUGGAGCAAUUCCUUUGAGAUCGUCCCAAAUGCUACUGAUUUUAUGAUGAUUCUGUAUGUCAGACUAACCAGCUGCUGGGUAAUGUUGUUUUUCAGAUAAUGUAACAGUAAAGAAACACCCUGCAGUGUUUUCCCAUGUAA